AAAAAAAAAGUGAUCCGAAAGAGAACCAAAGUUAUCGACAUAGCCCAAAGGAUCAGUAAGCUUGUUUCACUUGAUACUUCGCCCCGAUUACAAAUUCACCAUGCCACGAAAAUUCCCAUUUUCUCCCAUUUGGGGGAAGAUUGGAAUGAAUCGAAAUGCCUCUCUCCCCAUUUUAGGAAAAUGGACGGUUAGAAGAAACAAACAGCCUAUCCCUUUACACCCGGGAUGAAACGAGCGUGCGUUUAACUUUUAAAAAAUUCUGGCGCCAAACCGUUUGCUUUUUGCGAACGCAACCGGCAUCGAUCUAUCGUGAGGGUAUCUCGCUUGCGCUAACUAAAUCGCGAGGCCCAUGCGGGCGGCCAGUGUCCUGCGAGCCUUGGUGGGAGAUGACGACGUGUUUUGACUCUCGCAGCGUCACCGGACAAGAGAUGAAUGACGGUCAAAUUUCACAAAUCUUGGGUGACGGAAACCUUUCCAAAAUUGAAGAUUUUGGUGAAGAUGACGAUAAUUUUCAACGUAAUGUCCUGAAAAAUCUCAAUUUCGAGGAAAUAUUCUCUGGCAUGGAAUCCGAAGAAGAACCCGAGUUUGGAGACUCUCCAAUCGGGAUGAGGCCGUCUGUGGUUCUCCAUUUGAGUAAAAUUGUCCCACCUGGAAGCUGUAUCUGCCAUGAUAGGUUUUUUACUACUGUCGCAUUGAUCGAAGAGCACAAGAGGAAUCUUCAUGGCACUGGAACGAUAAUGAUGAUCCGGAUCCCUGAUCGUGUUGCAAUUAAAUUCAACACUGAUGCUAGGAUGGCUAAGCAGGAAAAACAUUUUGCCCUUAUUGGAUUUUCGUUUAAUAUAGCCGACGGAUUUUCAAGUAAUCCAUCCAAAGAACGCCGAAUGUCCAGUGAUAUUGAGAAUGAUCCGCCAGUGGAAAAUGAUUUUUCAGUUCGAAGAUACUACAGGUCAGCAAAUAAACCUUCUGAAGCAAAAAGAUAUGACGGUUAUGAGCAUUUCCCGGUAUUUGGUGAAAUAAAAGCUCCAAGAAUGAGUCGACAUGAAACUUGUGGCAGCCGCACGAAGAUACGAUGCGAAAAAUGUGAUACAUACUUGUGCAUUUCCCGUGGGAAAGACUGUUUUAAGUCAUAUCAUCAAGAACCAUAAUUUUGAUAGUUCCUUUUUGUGAUUAAAUAAUAUUAAUUAGUUUCAGCUGUAGAAGUCCUUUGGUUUUUAUGACUUUUGUUACCAAAGCUGUUUUUUUAAGAAUUAAGGAUUCCAUAGUAAGUUUAAUAAUGUGGACUGAUUCUAGAAUGGGUGAUUAAAGUAAUAAGCUCCCAAACAUUUAUAUAUCAGUUUAAUUUUCCAUCCAACUAUCAAGAUAAACAUUCUAUUUAAAUUACCCUCACGAUCGUGAGUAGUCAAGUUGUACCUGAAACUCACGAUCGUGAGGGUUAACUCCUGGGUUAACUAUAAACCUGAGAUUUUUUUCAGUAUUUUUUCGAAGCCCCUACGGCUCUACAGAAUGGUAUAAAAACCAUUACAUAGACGAUUUCAAAAUAAAAAUCUAUCGGGUGUAAAGGGCUAUGUCAUACCUUCCUUCAGCUAUCUCCGUCACGAUUGCUCAAUGCGAGUUGGUGAUUUUAACUUUUAAUUAUAAAUUAUAAAUGCAGGUUUCCUCGCAAUGUUUUCCUUCAGCGAUUGUCAGUGGUUUCUAAAUAAUGUUAUACUCUAUACAGUAUAGCCUUUCUGUCACCAAUAAUGAAUAGCCCGUUGUAACAAACAAACAUAUUAAAAAGCUUAAACAUAGAAUUUAGAUUUGUGUCUACUAGGCUUUGAGCAUGUUUGGGAAUAAAAAUUCAGGAUUUAUGAAUUGUUUUAUUUAAUAAAUAAAUUACGGAAAUUAGCAUAGUACAACAAAGACAAAAUCUUGAAACAACGAAUUUAUUCGAAAACUAUGUUACAGUGUGUAAUAGUUAUGCAAUAAAAUAAUAUAUUGUGCUCCAAAUAAUGUAUUUAAUUUAUAAGAAAAAUCAUUGUGUCAUCAAAACACAAACAUGCAUAGUACAUUAAUAAUAAUAAUAAUCAAAAUUGAUUAAGUAAACAUUAUAUUAUGAAUUCAAAUGUUUUUUGAUUGACACUUGUAAGCAUAAACGUAAAUCACUACUAUUUCUAAUAAAAAUUAUUAGAUAGGUAUUAUUGGUAAGGAUGGUAUAAGAAAUACAAAGCACCA